AUGAGUAUGAUUAGAAGUAUUUCAGGUGUAAGAGGUGUUAUUGGACAAUCAUGGACACCCACAUUAGUUUCAAAUCAUAUUAUUGGAUUCACCCAACUAUUAGAAUCAGAAAAAUAUUACAAUCAAAAACAAAAAAAAAUUGUAGUUGGACGUGACUCUAGAGUUUCAGGUCCUUGGAUUGAAAUGAUUGUUAAUGGUUCAUUAAUUUCAAUGGGUUAUCAAGUUAUUCAUAUAGAUAUUGCAGCAACUCCAACAGUACAAUAUAUGGUAGAAAAAACAAAAUCAUCUGGUGGUAUUGUUAUUACAAGUAGUCACAACCCAGUAGAAUGGAAUGGUUUAAAGUUUGUUGGUCCUGAUGGUUUAUUUAUUGCACCAGUCGAAUGUGAAGUUUUAUUUAGUUUAGCAGAUAAUCCAUCAUCAUUCAAAUUCCCAAAUUAUGAUAAAUUAGGAUCAGUAGUUUGUAAUACAACUGCCAACAAAGAACAUAUUGAAGCAAUUUUCAAAUUACCAUUUAUUAGUGUAGAUAAAAUUAAAGAAAAGAAAUUUAAAGUUUGUUUAGACUCUGUCAAUGGUGCAGGUGGUCCAAUUAUGUCAUAUUUAUUAACAGAAUUAGGAUGUGAAGUUAUUGGUAUCAAUUUAGAGCCAACUGGUUUAUUUGCACAUACACCAGAACCAGUACCUGCAAAUUUAGGCCAACUUUGCGAAUUAGUAAAAACACAUAAAGCCGAUUUUGGUAUUGCUGUUGACCCAGAUGUUGAUCGUUGUGUUUUCAUUGAUGACAAAGGUGUACCAUUAGGUGAAGAAUAUACUUUAGCAAUGGCAGUAGAAUUAUUAUUGGGUGAUUGCGGCCGUAGAGGAAAUGUUUGUAAGAAUUUAUCAUCAUCACGUGCCAUCGAUGACAUUUGCAAGAAAUACGACUCACAAGUUAUUUGUGCACCAGUCGGUGAAAUCCAAGUCGCCAAAAAGAUGCAACAAGUUAAUGCCGUAAUUGGUGGAGAGGGUAAUGGUGGUGUUAUGUUACCAGAUAUUCAUAUUGGUCGUGAUGCACCAGUUGCCGCUACAUUAGCCCUUCAAUUAUUAGCCAAUCGUAAUGCUGCCUCCAUUAGUGAAUUCAAGAGAACCACUUUACCAACCUACGAAAUUGUCAAAUUAAAAGCUGGUAUUGAAGGUUUAGACCCAGAUGCUAUUUUAGCAGAAUACACCAAACAAUAUGAAAAUAAAGAAGGUGUUGUUAUCAACCAAGAAGAUGGUUUAAAAAUUGACUCUGCAGAUUGGUGGGUUCAUCUCCGUAAAUCAAAUACCGAACACAUUAUUCGUGUUAUCUCUGAAGCCAAAAAUACAAAAGAAGCAACUGACAUUGCAACUAAAUUUAUAAAUGAAAUAGAAUCAAAACGUAAAUAA